CAGAUUCAGUUUAAACAACGCGUGCUUCUCGUGCGGGCCGCUUAUUUACUUUGGUGCUUGUUUUACGUGCCGGUCAAAUUAAUACCUUAAUCGAUUUCUAGUGUAGAAAACCAAUCUUAAUGUCUACCACCAGCCAGAAAAUGGACACAGACGAUGGACCUUCUUCCCAAGCAACCAAACCCAUCUGUUUGAUAGUGCUGGGAAUGGCGGGAUCCGGUAAAACCACUUUCGUACGCAAACUAGCGCAAUAUAAACACGACGAGCACAAUCCCUAUCUCAUUAAUUUGGACCCUGCGUGUCGGGAGGUACCCUAUCCGGCGAAUAUCGAUGUUCGAGAUACCAUCAACUACAAGGAGGUUAUGAAGCAGUAUAAACUUGGACCCAACGGAGGGAUCGUCACUGCAUUGAAUCUGUUCUCCACCAAGUUUGGUAAGGUGAUAGAAUUGGUCGAGAGGACCCAGGACAAGCACAAAUAUUGCGUUAUCGAUACACCUGGGCAGAUAGAAGUAUUCACGUGGUCAGCGUCCGGCACUAUCAUCACGGAAGCUCUUGCAACUGCAUUCCCUACGGUUGUCGUCUACGUGAUGGACAUAGUUCGAUCUGCGAGCCCCACCACCUUCAUGUCCAACAUGCUGUACGCAUGUUCCAUUCUGUAUAAAGCCCGGCUACCGUUCAUAAUUGUGUUGAACAAGAUUGAUGUGCAAGAGUUUGAUUUCGCCAUCGAAUGGAUGCAGGACUUUGAAUCGUUCCAGGAAGCACUUGAAAACGAAACUACCUAUGUCAGUAAUCUAACCCGUACAAUGUCCUUAACGCUGGACGAAUUCUACCGGGACCUCAAAGCUUGCGGUGUGUCAUCCAAGACGGGCAUCGGAUUUGGGAAGUUUUUUGAACUGGUCCAAGAGGCGGCCAAAGAAUACGAAAGCGACUACAAAGCCGAAUACGACAAACUACGGGAGGAAAAGUUAGCUGAACAGAAAAGAAAAGACGAAGAACAGUUGGCAAAGGUCACCCAACAAAGUAAAGGGCAGGAAGUGCCGUUGAUAAAUGAACUGAGCAGCGGUCGUGAGAGAGCAGACAUAUACCUGAAACAUCCUGGUAAUGAAAGUUCGGAAGACGAGGAAGGACAUGAAGAUGAUGCUCCAGUUUGCCCGGGUGACGAUGAGGCCGAAGAAGCUAACUUCACGUCGUUCGUAAGGAAACACAAAGAAAUGCAGCAGAGUGCCACGCUGAACAAGUAAAAUGGGACAAAUAGAACAAUAAAAAUGAUAACCACUUCACUAACGUGUAAAA